UGUUCUGCCACGUAUUUAUAAGGUUCGUUCGACUCGGUAUUCGAGCGUUCCAAACGGUAUCAGAGUGCUCGGAAACGAGCAUUCGACCAAUUGCAAUCGGCCUACACCAAGAAAACUGCUAAUAAUCCUUCGUUAGUUAGGUCUCAAGCUAUAACCGAAUAACCUUGUGACGGUGACGAAGAGAUUAUUUUGUUUUCCAUCAUUCAAAGGCCACAGAAAUGCUGAGUACAACUGUGGUGUGCGGCUUAUUUAUAUAACUGUCAUAGGAAAAGAACUGUUCUUCAGUGGUAAAGAUACAGCUCAUCUCAUCGAUCAUUCAUCGACGAUCUCAGCAGUUGUUUUCAUGAAUCCAAUUGGCAAGGUGUAAGCAGCAGCCGUCACCUAGCCAGCCAUACUUUCCUGGAUAAGAAUAUGUAAGUGUGGGAAAAAAUACCGAUGCCAGGCAAUCAACUCGUAGAACUUUCGGCUUCUUCAGCAAAUCUUGCAGCAUAACGCACCAACCAACGUUACAUUGAAACUUGAAAACAACAAAUUAUGGCGGCCAUUAUAAAGGAAUUAGAAAUGGAUCCAUCUACUCAUUCGGAAACGGAAAAUCUGAAUCGUGUAGAUAGCGACAAUGAAGACGGUAUCUUGUCCACCUAUAGUCUACCUGCAUGUUUUGAACUAAAUCAGAGUUCUAAAGAACAACAGAGUUGUUUGACACGAUCUCAAUACGCAUUGGUUGUCUUUCAUGGAGUUGCUGAUACUUACCCUACAGACAGUGAUAUAUUGUGUCGAUACACUUUGACUGACGAGGUGGAAGCAACACCUGGGGAUCGGAUAGUAUUAUUUGCUGUUGGGUGGUCAGCGAUCAAAGAUUACAUUGUGUUUGAAUGGGCUCCAGUACCUGAGAAUGGUGAAAGAGACUUGACAGUAGUAUUUAAAGCUAUUGAUCUGCCCAAAGAUGUGAAUGAAUUCUAUCAGGUUUGCUAUGUUAGUAACGAGGGUGCAGUUUGUGGUGCAAGUAUACCAUUUCAAGUGCGCACUCCUAACAACGAAGAGUUAACAUGUGACCUCGAGGAAGAUAUGGUUGUUGUACGAUCCUCAACAGCAGUUGCACAAGAUAAACUUUUCAAGGCUCAGUUAGAUCGGAAGAUUCUAAUUAAAAAGAACAUUAAUCUUGAAACGCAACUUCGCUGUUUGCAAGAUGAACACAGUUUUGCUUUGAAACGGUUAAAUCAGCUACAAGACACUUUGUGUACAUCCGGAACGCACAGUGCAACCUUGCAAACAGAAAUUGCCCGUUUGUUGAAUACCAUCGAUGAAUUGUUAUGCGUGAAGCAAAAAUUAGAGGAAUCCGAAUUGAAACUGAGCGAAGCAGAGUGUUUUAAAAAGAAUAUGCUGGAGGAUAUUCAAGACCUAAACACUGAGAUAAGAGAAUACCAGACAGAAAUGCAUCGUCUCGAAGCAAAGGUCAAAGACUUGGAUGAUGCAUUAAUUGCAGCUACAAAGAAAAUCGAAAUUUUGCAAACGGACCUAGAAAAAUCUGGAAUCGAGGUUGCCCUCACGUGUAAGAAACUUGAAAAAAGUGAAGAGCAUGGGACACAUUUGGUAGACAAAAUUUUUUCCCUCGAAAAUGAAUUGAAAGUGUGUAAGUUCAACCUGAACAAUUCUCAGGUGGAGAAUUUAAAACUUAAAGCAGAAUUCGAAGAUGUCUCUGAUGAAAAUACUAAGCUUAAGAAAGAGUUGCAGACCGAAAAGGAGUCUAAGGUUCAUUCAGACAUGUAUGGACACGACAUGGAUAAAGGAAGACUAGUAACUGAAAAUUCGAGGCUGCAACGGGUAACGGAAGACUUGCAAAUGAGGAUAUCAACCUUGGAACAUGAAAUAUCUGUCUUUGAGCAAGUGUUGGAGGACGCGUUUAAUGCACAAAAAAACACUUGCCCUGAACACUGUAACUUGGAGAAGGAGGUAGCUCAAUUACAGUAUCGCCUCGACAAAAUGUUGAACAAGGAAGAAACACCUGAAACUAAGCAAAGUUGUAGCAGUGCCAGUAAAUCUUCACAUUCAGAAACAGAAAUUGCCACAUUGUCGAAGUUAUUGGAUGAUUCGUUAAAAGAAAAUGAAUUACGGUUACAAGAAAACGUGGAGUUACGACUGAUGAACGAAUUCUUAGAGUCCAAAUUACCCUCGCCUGACAGAAAAUUGGAGAAUCAAAUCGUUGUUUCCUGUCCGAACGUCAGUAACACUGAUAGUUACACAUGCAGUCCAGAGAUACUCGCAUUGAAGGUUACUAACGAAGAAUUCCAACAGCAGUUGGUUGCCAAGGACGAAAAAAUUGUUGAUUUACACAUUGAAAUGGAAGCGUUGAAAAAUAAAUUCUCUGUUACCGAGAAGGAACUCAAGCUAGAGAUCGCUAACCUUGUUUCUAAAAACACUUUACUCACUCAACAGGAGAAACAAUCUCGAAUAUUAAAGGAUGAAAUGCAGAAGAUGAAAUUCAUGAAAGAAGAGUUACUUGUUCAGAACAACUCAUUGCUGGAUAGGCUUCGCAGCAGUAAAUACAAUUUACCUACGAAUACGGAAAUAAAUCCGGAUCAUAUAAAUUCAGCUUUAGAGAUCGAAAAUAAGCACUUGAAAGAGCAACUUGAAUCUAUAUAUGACGAAUUGAACGCUACUUGGAAACGAGAAAAAGCGGUGACAUUAGAGCUGGAAGAGUUUAAAGAAAAGCAGCAAUGUCUUAACAACGAAAUAGAUUCGAUGAAGAAAAUAAAAAUCUUUGCUGAAACCAAAUGUUCGUUACUUGGUGAACACAAUGAUAUGCUCUUGCAGAAGCUGAUCCGUUUCGAUAGCAAAGCACAGGAUCAAAAGUCCCGUUACGAUUACUCUUCAAAUCCGGAAUUGAAACAAAUCAGCCAAAAUGUACAGAAUGUGCUCUUGGCUGUUGAAAAGCUAGCUAGUUGUAGUAAUGCAGAAAAGUCCCAACGCUCUAUGUUAGAAGUCGAUGAUUUGAGGCACAGAUUAAUAUUGGCUAAAGAGGAAUAUGAAAGACUUCACAGAAUUAUGAUGAGUUACAGAACGAAGUAUUAUGAUUUGAAAGCAAAAUGCAAACCCAAGAAAGCACCUGCAAAAACUAAUGAUUCCACUUUGUCAACUAUCUAAAAUGUAUAAAAGUUGAAAUUUGAUGACAUUAAGCUUUCAGUUCUAUAAUCUGAAUUAGUGGUUUCCAACGAGUGACGGUACUUAUUCAUAAUGACGAAAAAUACAGCCCGAGCAGCCUGAAAAAGAAAUAAUCAUUGUAAUUAAAACAUGUUCAAGAAUUGGUAAAAAAUGUAAUCUAUCAGAAAUUGAAAUAUGUAUACACGUACAUAUGUGUACAUAUGUAUACCUAUGCAGGAUUUUCUAAAACUAUAUUAAGAUAAAAAAGGCAGUAGUUUGUUAAAGACUAUAUUAUUUACUUUCAAUCGGAAAUUUUCGAAGGAAUGUCGAAAGUUUAUAAAACAAUGUUGAUAUUUGACCAA